AUGGCGGUGGUGGUGAUGGUGGUGGGACUGCCGGGCUGGAGGGCUGGGGCUCGGCCACUGGCGACGUGCAGUAGCGUGUCCACGCGGGCAGACUGUGGUUAUGCUGGGAUUACGGUUCAGUUGUGUGAGCAGCGCGGCUGCUGCUACGACCCGGCCCGGGCGCCUCUGUCGCCCCUUGGGGCGCACUCUGAGCUCGAGUGGGCCUUUAUGGAUGCUGCAGAGAAGGAUGCCCCCUCGUGCUUCUACCCAGGCGAUGCCGUUACCAUUCGCAAGGUUCAUGUGGUCCAAUCAAACCACUUUGAUGCUGGUUAUGCUGAUCUGACGGUUAACAUUGUGAACGAAUACUUUGAUACCUACUUUCCUCGUGCUGCACAAGUUGGCGCCGCGCUUGCUCAGUCCAACAGCUCGGCCCAGUUGCGCUGGCUCACCCACAGCUACCUGAUUUCCCUUUACUUUGAUUGUCCGGCCAAUGCUGGGCUGCAUUGCCCCAGUGAAGCCAACAAGACAUUGGUGGAAAACGCCAUCCGCGCCGGCUACAUUUACUGGCACGCUCUGCCGCACAACCUGGAAACGGCCCUCCUGACCCCUGAGAUGCUGACAUUUGCCAUUCGCAUGACCCACGACCUGGACGAUCGCUUCAACGUGAGUCACAAGACGGUUUAUUCCCAGCGAGAUGUCCCAGGCAUGACUCGAAGCUUGAUCCCUGUCUUCGCGGCUAAUGGUCUCAAGGGCGUGAGCGAGGGCAGCAACAGCCGCGUAUUCCCCGUCAACGUGCCUCCGGCUUUUCUGUGGCGUGAUGUGGCCACUGAAACCGAGAUCAUCGCCCUCUGGCACGCUUACGAUUAUGGGCAACUACCCUCGGCGGGGGACAGUUCGCCUGCUCGAGACUAUGUUGUCGUUCCCGGGCUUGAUGAGGCCAUCAUCUAUGCUUGGCGCGGGGACAACGCGGGUCCACCCAUGAGUACCCUAGAGGUGGAGAGCAACUGGGCUGAAAUUGCUGCCAUCUUUCCAGGCGCCGAGAUUGUAUCUUCCACACUCGACGCAUACAUUGACGUCCUCGACAAGCACCGUGACAAUCUGCCUGUCAUCACGCAGGACCUGACAGAUACUUGGCUUAUGGGCGUGCCUUCAGACCCCAUCAAGACGGCUGAGAUGCGUGCCAUUCAUCGAGUACAAGCAUUUUGUGAGCGUGCGCAAACGUGUGACUACUCAACCGAUGCCAAGCUGUACGACUUUUUGCGUCUGGCCAUCAAGAACAGUGAGCACACGUGGGGUCUCCACGUGCAGUCUUAUGGGCCGUACCAGGACCACGGAUAUUCCAACGCCGAAUUCCACGCCGACAUACUGGCUGGCAAUAACUCGUACUACACCACCCUGGCCAGCAGUUGGACCGAGCAGCGUAAAUUCGGUUUCGACUUGCCCCUAGCUGCGCUGCAAGGAUCCCCGGUCGAGGCAGCGUUCCGCGAGGAGCUGAGGGCCGUGCCUGCGCAGGCGCCCAGCUUGGCGGGAUUUUCGCCCGUGGCAAACCUGUCGCUCAGCAAGGUUGGCGGCUGGUUGACCAUGCGCUUUAGCGCUGCUAACGGUGCCCUCGUGGCCUUGUUGGACGAGACAACGGGCACGACCUUUGCGGACGAUCAACAUCAAUUGGGCACACUUUUGUACCAAACCUUGACGGACGAUGACUUUGCCUCAGAGCUGCGAGAUUCGUACCUGCGCGCGGGAACGGGAGGCGAAAAUGAAUACGGCAAGCCGGGCUGCAAUGAAAGCCAAGGUUGUGUCUCGCAAAAGGCUUCUCCCAAUCUGCAAAAGAUUUUGUAUAACGCCGAGCAAAGCGCUGUCAUUGUACAGACAACUUUUGCCGAGGAGCUGCAUACGGCCUUUGGUGCGCCCAGCUCCGCCUGGAUCGUGUACAACGCGUCUCGAAAUGGCGUACUGACGUCGAGGGUACUGCUUUUCAACAAGACGUCAACCCGUUAUCCCGAAGCCCUUUAUUUUGGUUUUGAUCCCACGGGCAACGAUGUGCCGACUGGCAGCGACAUCUGGGUCAUGGACAAACUUGGUCAGCUGGUGGAUGUAACCGAUGUGGCCAUGGGCGGCGGCCGUGGCCUGCAAGCUGUGCUCUCUGGCGUGACCUAUCAGAGUGCCCAAGAGAGCGUGCGCAUGUUCAUUGAAACGGUGGAUGCGCCCAUUGUAAGCUGGGGUGGCGCAACUCCAUUUCCUACGCCGUUGGUGGAUUCUCCUGACCUGAGCUUGGGCGCCAACUUUCUUCUUUUGGCCAACCCAUGGAAUACAAACUAUCCCUUUUGGUUCCCAUUUGUCAAUAGCACUGAGAGCCCCCGGGGCUUGUACUGUGACUUGCAGUUUCGCUUUGCCUUACAUCUGCAUUAAAGAGCCGACGACAUGCACCCUUGUACCGUGCUUGCUGCCAAACCCGUCUCGUCCCUCGUGUUGUACGUUAGUGUUGCUAAUUCAUACACCCAGAUGGGAAC